AUGGGUCUGUUAAGCGUGGAUUUGCUGAUCGCGCUUCAGAUCUUGCCGGUUUUUUUCUCCAAUUGCCUCUUUCUUGCACUCUACGACUCUGUGAUCCUCCUGAAGCACAUGGUGCUGCUCCUGAGUCGCUCUAAGGCGGCGCGUGGCGAGUGGCGAAGAAUGCUGACCUCGGAGGGACUACGCUGCGUCUGGAAUAGCUUCCUCCUAGAUGCCUACAAACAGGUGAAAUUGGGAGGAGAAGCCCCAAACUCCAAUGUGAUCCACAUAGCUAAUGGCAGCAGCAGUAGCAGAAGGAAAAGUGUUGGCGGGAAAUAUGGAACCAAGUGCCACCUCCUGGACUUUGCCAAUUCAGAGCGCCCGCUGGUGGUUAACUUUGGUUCAGCCACCUGACCCCCAUUCACGAGCCAGCUGUCGGCCUUCGGCAAGCUGGUGGAGGAGUUCUCAGGUGUUGCCGAUUUCCUGUUGGUCUACAUCGAUGAGGCUCACCCAUCGGAUGGCUGGGCUGCCCCUGGGAUCUCUCCCUCCUCAUUUGAGGUGAGGAAGCACAGGAACCAGGAAGACCGAUGUGCUGCUGCUCACCAGCUCCUGGAGCGAUUUUCCUUGCCAUCCCAGUGCCAAGUGGUAGCUGACUGCAUGGACAAUAAUGCCAACGUGGCCUAUGGGGUCUCCUUCGAACGAGUGUGCAUCGUGCAGAGACAGAAAAUUGCCUACCUGGGGGGCAAGGGCCCCUUUUUCUACAACCUCCAGGAAGUCCGGCUUUGGCUGGAGCAAAACUUCAGCAAGAGAUGA